AUGUCAUCACCAAACUCAGCAUCAGCAGCGAUCCCACCUUCCAGCACCCAUCCCUCCUCGAGCGUGCGUGCACCUCUGACACUAGACGAGCUCGACCGAUAUGUCUGUCAGGAGGCGUUCAACCGCGCUGAACUACCAGUCAUUCCUCCUACCUUCAUCGGCCCUCACCCUCCUCCUACAUCCUCGACCUUCAUCGGCACGAAAUACCUCGUAGGGGGUCCCACCAACGAGACACCAGUUCGCAUCAUGUUCCGCUGCGUGUCGCCACACGACAAGGUGUCUCGCCACGUGCUUUUGAAAAUGAAACCUUCGGUGCCCGAAGAGGCCCUCGCGUUGAAGCUGUGCGAAGUCUUCGAGAUUCCAGCCACUGGGGGCGUGAUCACCAAGACGCAGCCGGAGUUUGUGCCAGGCCUGAGUCCUCUUAGGGUCCCAAACAAAGUCUACAGCUAUGGCGAGAUGUUCGAGGGGCUAGGCGCCUCCAUGGCUGGCUUCGUGGAGGUCACGGUCGUGCCUGCCGAACAGAUGAAUAUCUGCACCAAUUGCGGCAUCCGCAAAACCGUCAAUGCAGUGACGUUACAGAACAUUCGCAAGUGGUGCUUUGCUGAGAGUCCCGACUAUCAAGACAGCUAUCCAAUGACUACCCGAGAGCUCCAAUAA